UCUCACACACACACACACACACACACACACACACACACUCGGACAGUGCUGCACUGCAGAGCUACAGACACAGGAGCUGCGCGGGGCAAGAGCAACGACAUCAUCGGCAUCUUCAUCAUCAUCAUCUUUACAGUCAGCUAUCAGCAGCAUCAGGACCAGCAGCAUCCCGACUGCAGCGACAUCACCACCCCUAUCAUCAUCAUCAUCAUCAUCAUCCUCACCAGCUACAACACAGCAACCUGGAGCAUCGCACACGACCACUCCGGCUUCAUCCUGGGGUCUACAGAGUGUGGGGGCCGGCCGGAGGCCAUGCGGCUGGUCCACGGCACAGAGAAACAGGCCUUCUCAUUUAAGAAAUGCUCAGCCUUCCAGUUUGUUAAAAGAAAGGUGCGGAGAUGGAUGAGGAAUCCGAAGGUGAGUGUGGAGAAAUCUCAGACCAAAGGUUUCCUCUCACCAUGUCCCAAGUGUCAGGAUGGUCAGGACCUUUGGUACACGCACUUCCCCACCACGUACGCCUGCUGUCCAUACAGUCCUGGAGGAUACUACCUACCACACCCACCCAGCCCUCUCUGCCAGCCCUGCACCGGAGGACCACGAGACAAGAACAAAACCUGCAAGGUCAGAAAGUGGAAGAUGCUGAGUCGUCAUCACAGCGACGGCAAAGCGAAGGAGGCGGAGCUGGAGAGUCAGGUGAUCUGCCCCUGGGCCAUGUCACCCCUGCUGGGGAGUCCUGUGCUGUUGGAGUGCUGUGUCUGCAGCGGCCCCUUCAUCACCUACACCAGUGAGGAAGCAUGGCAACCACGCCAGCGCACGCAGGCUAUGGACCUGUACUACCACGGAGACGCAGACCCAGACUACAGCUGCUCCUCAGACACCACCUUUAUGAAACAGAGGAGAAUGGGGCUGAACGAUUUUAUUCAGAAGCUUGCCACCAACUCGUAUGCAUGCAAACACCCAGAGGUCCAGUCUAUCCUGAACUUGACACCACCACAAGAUCCAGAGCUGAUGAACACUAACCCGUCUCCUCCUCCCAGUCCCUCGCAGCAGAUAAAUCUGGGUCCCUCCUCCAACCCGACCGCCAAGCCCUCGGACUUCAACUUCCUGAAGGUCAUUGGAAAAGGCAGCUUUGGCAAGGUGCUGCUGGCUCGCCAUCGGGGCGAUGACAAGUUCUAUGCAGUCAAAGUGCUACAGAAGAAAGCCAUCCUGAAGAAGAAAGAGGAGAAACACAUCAUGUCCGAGCGUAACGUGUUGCUGAAGAAUGUGAAACACCCAUUCCUGGUGGGACUGCAUUACUCCUUCCAAACUGCUGACAAACUCUACUUCGUACUGGAUUACAUCAAUGGAGGCGAGCUCUUCUACCACCUGCAGAGAGAGCGGUGUUUCCUCGAGCCUCGUGCACGCUUCUACGCUGCUGAAAUCGCCAGCGCUCUGGGCUACCUCCACUCCCUGAACAUCGUCUACAGAGACCUGAAGCCAGAGAACAUUCUGCUGGACUCACAGGGGCACAUCAUCCUCACGGACUUCGGCCUCUGCAAGGAGAACAUCGAGCCCAACGGAACCACAUCCACCUUCUGUGGAACACCAGAGUAUUUGGCUCCAGAGGUGUUGCAUAAGCAGCCGUACGACAGAACGGUGGACUGGUGGUGUUUGGGUGCCGUGCUGUAUGAGAUGCUGUAUGGCCUGCCUCCGUUCUACAGCAGGAAUACAGCAGAGAUGUAUGACAACAUCCUGAACAAGCCUCUGCAGUUGAAGCCCAACAUCUCCAAUGCAGCUAGACACCUGCUGGAGGGUCUCCUUCAGAAGGACCGGACCAAGAGACUGGGCUGCACUGAUGACUUUACUGAGAUCAAGAACCACAUGUUCUUCUCCCCCAUCAACUGGGAUGAUCUGAAUGCUAAGAAGCUCACCCCUCCUUUCAACCCCAACGUGACUGGCCCUAAUGACCUUCGGCACUUCGACCCAGAGUUCACGGAUGAGCCGGUUCCCAACUCAAUCGGCUGCUCGCCCGACAGCGCUCUAGUGACGGCCAGCAUCAGCGAGGCGGCUGAGGCCUUCCUGGGCUUCUCCUACGCUCCCACCAUGGACUCCUACCUGUAGCCCGUCAGGAUGGAGACACCAUCCCAUAGACUCUUACCUGUAGCUCAUUUGCCAUGGAAACGCCGUACCCAUGGAGUCACACCUGUAGUGCAUCACUAUGAGAACGAAGCCAGCCCCAUUUUUCCCCGCCCCCAGAUAGAGGGGGGCAUGUUUGCACAUGGCCUAAGGCAGCUCCACGGGCCUGAAGAGUUAAGGCCUGAAUUUCACACAUUGAGAGAACUGACUUUAUCUAAAUCAUCAUCUUCAUCAUCAUCUUCUUCACUAUCAUCACCAUCAUCAUGGUCUUGACUGCGCUGCAGAGCAUGGUUACUCUUCUCCGCUUUACGCCCGGGUCGUUCUGGAUGGACACAGGGAGGCAGAGAGGGACAAAGCUGGAUUGCCGAUGAACGGACUUUAGUUUUUAGUUUCGUUUUUAGUUUUUUUUUUUUUUUUUAAUAUAAUUUUUUUAAUUAUUAUUUUUCCCCUCAACACAUCUGCUUAUUUGAGGGUACUGCUGUUGUCUGGAGAUGUAGAAUAUUAUUUUUAAUAUGAUGUUUCACAGGAAUGUGUAGAUGUGCCUUCAUCUUCUUUAUCUUCUCUCUCUCUCUCCUCAUUCCUCAUUUUCCUCACACUCAUAUAUAACGUGACCAACCUUUUACAAUCACUUGAGACGUUCCUGGUUUGGCGUGACGGCAUCAGUUUUACAGCUGGUGUGAAGAUGCCUGUUGCACAUUUCGCUGAUAUGAUUUAAAUAUCAAAUCCAUUCCACUCAUUCUUCUCACACUUUCUCAUUUUUUCUCACAUUUUUUUUAACGUUAGCUUGAGUGAGUGGGCAAAUGCAAAUAAAUGCUGGAGGGUUCUGCUGCUACAUGAGUGUAGAUAGACUCUCGGACGAACUGAAGGGAUGCCCUGGACUCGUGUUAGUCUUCCAGUCUCCUCUGUAAUGUAAUAAAGCCGCUCAGAAAAGCAUUCCGAUUCAUUCCGUCCGGACGCCACAUUCCAUUCAGUUUGACGGUGUACUGCUAUUUAAGUUUGUUUGUAUAUUUUGAGUCUGUGUAUUAGUUUUAAUGUAUAUGGAACAAAGCAACUAAAGAUAUGCUUAUAUGUAACAAUAACUGUUCAAAACUGUUAAAAACGUACUGUAAAAUUGUAAAAUGUUGGAUUUACGUGACUUUGUUUGGUUUGCAAUAAAACUCUAUUGUUAUUUUCCCCUAAAACAAA